CAUUCUGAAACUUUAUCCCGAAAGCAAAGGGAUUAGGUAGGCUUGGUGCUGAGCUUUAUAGUUAUAACUCCAACAGCAUACGAGCCGUAAGCGUAGACUUUAAACGACCAAAAUCCAUGCUUCUGCUUGACCCAACUUCACAAUCCAAUUCCAAUCAUCUUGAUUGAAGAAGACGAAACCAUUGAAAAACCAGCCAAAUCCCACUUGACUUUUCCCAUCAUCUCCUUCCAAUGGCCGCAACAGAGCUUUUGAAAUGUUGAAUCAGUCCCCUUCAUCUUCCCUUCUCGCCGUUUUCCCCAAUUUUGCUGGACUGCUCGAUUUCCCACAUGGGUAUUUUUGCAAAGCAAAAAAUCUUGCGAACAGGAACGACCCACGAGGAUUCGAUUGUUUCUAAUGGGGUUUCAGUGGGGAGCAAGAGGAAAUGGACCCGUUUUAUGCCUCUGGUUGUGGCGAUGGUGGUUUUGGCAGAGAUAGCAUCUUUGAAUCGGCUGGAUAUGGCGAAGAAUGCGGCUAUGGUGGAUUCGUGGGUCGACUUGUUCUAUGGAUCUUCGCAUUUGCAAGAAGGGAGUGAAGGUUUUAGUAAAAUGGGCAGUGGAAUCUCCGCCAUUAAUGAUGGAAUUAUUGCUACAGAGAGCUGUGAGGAGUGGCUGGAGAAGGAGGAUGCUGUGGAGUAUUCUAGGGACUUCAGUAAGGUUCCUGUUUUGGUUUCUGGUUCUGAGAAGGAGUGGAGGACUUGUGAUGUGGGAUGCCAGUUUGGAUUUAAUCCUAGUCAGCAAGCCGAUGCUGUAUUGGGAUCACCUCAACAAGGUAGAAUUGCUAGCGUACUUCGAUCAAUGGAAUCAUCGCAUUACUAUCCAGAGAAUGAUAUUGCUUUGGCGAGACGGAGGGGUUACACAGUGGUUAUGACCACAAGUCUAUCAUCAGAUGUUCCUGUUGGAUACUUUUCCUGGGCCGAAUACGAGAUAAUGGCACCAGUGCAGCCAAAGACUGAGGGUGCCCUUGCAGCUGCCUUCAUAUCGAACUGUGGUGCCCGAAACUUCCGUUUGCAAGCUCUUGAUGCCCUCGAAAAGUUGAAUGUCAAAAUUGAUUCAUAUGGUAGUUGCCACAACAACCGUGAUGGAAGAGUUGACAAAGUGGAAACUUUGAAGCGCUACAAGUUCAGCUUGGCUUUUGAGAACUCCAAUGAGGAGGAUUAUGUCACUGAAAAGUUUUUCCAAUCUCUUGUUGCAGGAACUAUUCCCGUGGUGGUUGGCGCUCCAAAUAUUCAGGAGUUCGCUCCUUCUCCCGAUUCAUUUUUGCAUAUCAAGGAAAUUUCCGAUGUCGAGUCGAUUGCCAAGUCCAUGAAAUACCUUGCCAAAAAUCCCAAAGCAUACAAUCAAUCACUAAGAUGGAAGUAUGAUGGGCCUUCUGAUUCUUUCAAGGCACUUGUAGACAUGGCAGCAGUACACUCGUCAUGCCGCCUUUGCAUCCACUUGGCAACCAUCAUCCACGAGAAAGAAGAGAACAGUCUUCCCGGGUUCAAGAAACGACUGUGCAAAUGCUCCCGAGGCUCCGAAACCGUAUAUCAUUUAUACAUAAGGGAGAGAGGGAGGUUUGAAAUGCAAUCCAUUUUCUUGAGGUCAAAUAAUUUGACAUUGGAGGCUUUAGAAUCAGCAGUACUCGCAAAGUUCAGUUCGCUAAAACACGUACCGAUUUGGAAGCAGGAACGGCCCGAAAGCAUAAGAGGAGGAGAUGAGCUGAAAAUAUACAGAAUAUACCCUGUUGGGUUGACUCAGAGGCAGGCUUUAUAUACCUUCAGAUUCAAAGGUAAUGAAGAUUUCACAACUCACAUAGAAACGCACCCUUGUGCAAAGAUGGAGGUCAUAUUUGUCUGAAACUACGGCUUCUUUCUUUCGUCUUCCGAGCGCAUCUGAUCUGCAAAUUUACUCGGACAUGUAAUUUGUGUAGGGUAGUCGCUGAACUAAUGUAAGUUUAAGGUGCAAUAUGAGAUGAAGGAUACACCAGAAAUGGCUGCCUAUUGCUAAUUACAGAUGAUGCGCCAUUGUUGUAAAUGUUUGAGAACAGAAACAGAAUUGGCCUUUGUGGGCGUAAUGCAUAUUGAUUCCACGAACAA